AUGACAGGAACAACGACUAAAAUUCUAUACGCAUCUACCGUUUUCUCAUCCGUCGCCAUUCUGUGUUCUCUUGUUUUCACCACGUUCAUGUACAAUGAUUUGUACGAUUUUCACAGUGAAGUUGAACAGGAAUUGUAUGGUUUCAAGGACAUUUACAACGAUGCGUGGUUCUUGAUGACCGCCUCCUCCUCUACCAAAUUCUCAUCCUCUUCCUCUUCUUCAUAUCCGAACCUAAACCGAAUCUUCAAAAGAAACGCUGACCAAUGUAACUGCGGAGAAAAGGCUUCGAAUUGCCCACGUGGACCACCAGGACCACCAGGAGAGCCCGGAGAUGAUGGAUCCGAUGGACAAGCAGGACAAGAUGGACGCGAUGGAAAUACCCCAACUGAGGAGUACGGUAGCAGCCAAGAUAGCGCUGUAUCGUGUCCAGCAGGGCCGCCAGGAGAACAAGGAUCAGAUGGAGUACCAGGAGAACCAGGAAGAGAUGGAAACCCAGGAGUCGAUGGUCAAACAGGAAACGAAGGACCAACCGGACCACGUGGACCACUUGGAAAUAAAGGAAGAGAUGGGACACCAGGAAGAGAUGGAAAUCCAGGAAGACCUGGUAGAGAUGGAACACGUGGAGUUGGGCAGCCUGGAUCACCUGGACAACCAGGAGCAAGAGGACCAGAAGGACCAAGAGGGGCACCAGGAAACAAUGGAAGACCAGGGGAAUAUGGAGAUCAGGGACAAGCUGGACCACCUGGAUUGGAUGGAGAACAAGGACCAGAUGGGGUUGUUGGAGUUCCCGGAGAGCCAGGACUCCCAGGAUCAGACGCCGCCUACUGUCAAUGUCCAGAGCGUACUCCAAUCACCGAAAAAACGUCUUCUGGAGGAUACAAAGUGCGUCGACGUCUUGUCAAACAUGCCAACUGA